AAACCGCAACGAUGAGCACAUCUCAGCCAAAAGCAAAAAGGUUAGUACAGCCUGCUAGAAGGCAAGUAGAACCUGGACAAUUGAAAAAGCCUGAAAUUGCACAAACUGGUUUUACUUAUAACAUUUGGUAUAACAAAUGGGCUGGUGGUGAUUAUGAGGAUUCAACGAAUACUAAAGAACAUGCUCAGACGAGGUUGGAUCUCACGAAAGAUUCAGGAUAUACAAGAGCAGAUGCUAGUGGCGCGAAAACUUACUGUCUCUUCUUCGCUAGAGGAUGUUGUCCACUUGGCGCACAAUGUCAAUAUCUGCAUAGAUUGCCACGCCCCCAAAACAUUUUACAUGACUUAUCAAGGGACGUUUUUGGAAGAGAGAAGCACGCGAGUUACAGGGAUGAUAUGAGCGGCGUUGGUAGUUUCAGCAGACAGAAUACAACACUUUAUAUCGGUAGAAUGGCAGAAUACGGUGAAGGUAGAGGUGAGAACCAGUUGAUAAAGCACUUUGGUGAAUUCGGUGAAAUUGAGAAGGUGCGGGUGUUGCACGGUAGAGGAUGUGGAUUCGUCAAGUUUAAAAACGAAUGCAACGCUCAAUUUGCUAAAGAAGCCAUGGGAAGUCAAUCACUCGAUGAAGGAGAAACGCUCAACGUUAGAUGGGCUACUGAGGAUCCAAAGGCAGAUGCCAUCGAUGAAGAUCGCAAAAGAGCCGCAGAAGAAGGAACUGAAAAAGUUACGAAGAGGUUGGCGAUGGACACAGAGCUUAUUCACGCCACAAGACAGAUGGAAGCUCUCCAAAAUGGUUUACCACCACCUCCUCCUGUGGAAUAUAUUACAAAUGGACAAGAAGAGGACGAUGAACAGGAUGACGCAGACGAAGUAACACCUGUUCAGGGCCACCAGCAUAGUCAGCAACCGCAAGACAAAGGCCUUCUAUCGGGUACAUCAAUACAGGCAAUAAACAAACUCGCACAGUUGCGCGCAUCCAAACCAACGGCGGUCGCCGUGGCGAGCAAACCAACUAAUGGUUUAGGGGGUUUAGCGGGGUACGGCAGCGAUUCAGAUUAAUUAAGUAUUAUUAUUGUCAUAGUAUUUUAUUGUAUGUUUAAUAUUCUAGAUGUAGGACAAAAUUUUC